AUGGUUACUAUAUCUUCUGGCCUUUGCUUUCUUCCAAUCUUGUGGUCAUUUCUGUUGGUCGUCACGGUGAUAGUCUCUCGUUUAAUGGCCAAUAAUACAGAGUUUGAUGACUCUGUUCACUCGGCGAGCGCCUCUCAAUGGUUGCAUUCGAUUUUCAGUCAACUUCUAGAUUUGUUGGCCUUGGUAGGACUUCUUUCGAUCUUCAUUCGCUACUUACACUUGGAAGUGGUCACAAGAGGCCUUCCGCAAGAGACAAAUGCAAGCAUUGGACGUCUAAGACUGGCGUCACUGAUAUUUGGCAUGGGAACUAUGACUGGAAUAACGGCCAUUAGCAAUUUCCGUCAACCAGGGGAAAAAGUAAGUCUGAUCAAUUUCUGUUUCCAUAAUUUAGAAUGACUAUAAAAAUUUGAAGCCAUUGUAAGCAAUAGACUCUCCCACGUAUUUUUUUUACCAAGUUUUAAUGAGGAUCAAUCUGCAGAAAAUCCGUCGACACUUCUUAAAAGAGCGUCUUAAUACCAGUACACUUGCUAAGUUUGAAAAUGAUAGGUGUAAAGGGAGCGAGGUUAUAGCUCUCCGAAGUAGAUAAACUAAUAGACGUUUGUAUGAUGGAGGUCAUGUUGGUGCCCCCACCAUACAAUAUUAAUAUACUAUAUUUUGAGAUACAGUGGAGAAAGGCUAUAUUUUGCAAUGACAAAGCACGUAUGAAUUAAGUUACUGACGUGCGUACUCCGUAUUAGCUUGGGGAAAAAGUUAGAAUGAAUUUGUGGAAUGGCAAGCGACAUCACUUUUGGAAUGCUAUUUAAUGUUAUGCGGAACGCAAUAGAAACAGAAUGAUUCAAAAAUAAAUUCGACCAGGGUACUACUUUUAGAAACAUUGGGGGCGCUUCGCUAUUUAUUUCGUUGAUAUAUCAGUGCAUAGGCAUUCCACAUAUGCCAUUCCUCGAGCCAUCUGCAAACUCAUGGUCAUCUGGCCACCAACCGUGUCGCCGAUUUUAGCUUGGUCUUCUUUCAAAAUGCUAUGAUACAUAUGGUGGUUUCGAUUUACACAUUGAAACUAUGCAUCUGAUCUUAAGUGGUUGGCCAAACCGUUACAGUGUAGCCAGAUCAGAAGCUAAAGCUUAGACCAACCUGAAUAAAGGAAAAAUUGCAUCGCCUCGUUCAACAAUUCUAUAAAGCUUCUGAAACAGAACUUCUGGAGAAUGAACCAAUUCAUUCUCCAGUCCAGGUUGAAUUUCUGCUUUCUCCCAUUUUAGUUUAUGUAAAUGUUAAGUACUCAUCGACAAAACCGCUUGCUCUUCUUCAGGCAAUAUUGAAUUAACCUUAGUUUGCUUAAUGACUUUUUCACAGGGUAGCAAAGGCUUAGACACAUUCCACCACACUGGACGAAUUGUUAUUGGCCUUUGUGGAAUAACUUACUGUUCACUUCAAGCUUUCAUAACGUUCCAACUUGCCAAACUAGGACUCAGUACUUUCAAGCUGUUUAUCUUCCGCAUCGUCAUCUCGAUCCUUUUGUGUGUCAUUGGACUUGUGCACGUGACUAUGGAGGUGUGGCUUGCUGUUCGGUUUUUGAAAGAAAAUAAACCUUAUAGACCUUGGUAUUCCCACAGGGGUGACAAUGAGGCUUAUUUUCUAGACGCUUUUAGUGAUAUUAGCGAGUGGCUGACGUUUUUGCUAUUUGCAGCCUUCUCUUCGACAUAUUUCAUGGAGUUUUAUGAUUUGGGCCUUGAAAUGACAUGUUUCUUGCCAGGUUACGAAACUAAAGGAGCUCGUAUUAUCGAAAAGGCGAAGUACACUAUGGUAAAUCGCCAAGAGAUUGAAAGUUCCAACGAUGACUGA